AUGUGCCAGGAAAUCCAACAGACCAACAAUGACCACCUCGUUCAGUCGACGGACCCCGAGCAUCCGGCCAAUUUGAUUCCGGAGCUCUGCCGCAAGUUUUACAACUGGGGUUGGGUUACUGGAACCGGUGGCGGGACCUCCAUCCGUCGCGGAGAACACAUCUAUAUCGCGCCGUCGGGUGUGCAGAAGGAGUUGAUGCAAUCGCAGAACAUCUUCGUCCUCGAGUACCCCACCCCCAAGUAUCCCGCCGAGGAUCGCAAGUACAUCCGCAAGCCGCUUGCUCUGAAACCCUCGGCCUGCACGCCCUUGUUCCUCGCUGCUUUUGAGCGCGGGGCUGGCUGCUGCAUCCACACCCACUCUCAGUGGGCCGUUUUGGUGACGCUCCUGGUUGAGCGCGAGAAGGGUCCCGGGGGCUACUUCGAGAUCAGCAACAUCGAACAGAUCAAGGGAAUUCCUCGCGGAAAGGGUAAGGGCAUGUUGGGCUUCUUCGACACUCUGCGCAUUCCCAUCAUCGAGAAUACGGCCUUUGAGGAGGACCUGACCGGCUCGCUCGAGAAGGCCAUGGAGGAAAACCCCGACACCUAUGCGGUGCUCGUGAAAAGACACGGAAUUUACGUCUGGGGCGACGACGUUGCCAAAGCCAAGACCCAGUGUGAGAGCUUGGACUAUUUGUUCCAGCUAGCGGUAGAGAUGCACAAGUUGGGCAUUCCCUGGGUGAAGCAAUAG